UCAUGUUGUUAAAGAAGAAGCCCAGUUAAGGAAGCCCACACAUUGAUCCUAUCCCCUUAAAACGAUAUCUCGACCUCACUCUCCCGCGAUUCCGAUUUACGUUUUCCCCCCAGAAAAACCACAAUUUCUUUAAAAAGAAAAAGAAAAAAUAGAAACAUCCUCUUCAAUCUCUUGCUCACAUCCCAUAUCAAUGCUCCCUCUACUCCAAACCCCUCACAGUUCAAAACCUUAACCUUCCAACGGUUACAUCCCAAAAACCCAUCAAAAGUCUUCAGGGGAAGCCGAAGCGAUGGCCAUUGCAGAUUCUAGAGACCAAGCCUUCUCUCUACUCAUCGCCGCUAACAACCACGCCGAUUUGGCGGUGAGGCUUUCAUCUCUCAAACAGGCCAAAGAUAUUUUUUCGUCACUCUUUCCUUCCUCCGCUGCCGAUCUCUUCCCUUACCUCACUGACCUACAGGGUUCCCCUCACAGCCUCGUUAGAAAGUUUCUCGUCGAGAUUAUUGAAGAUAUUGCAUUGAAAGCAAUAGAACAUUCUUCUUUACUAGUACUUGUGCUGGUAGCGUUUUUGAGGGAUGUUGACUCUGAUGUUGUGAAACAAUCUAUCGUUAGUGGAAGGAAUUUCUUCUGCUGCGUCUUGGAAGAAAUGGCAUUACAGUUUCAGCAGAAUGGUAAAGUUGACCAAUGUCUCGAAGAACUAUGGAUAUGGAUGGUUAGGUUCAAGGACGGUGUGUUUUCCACUGCAAUGGAGCCUGGUCCUCUUGGGGCGAAGUUGCUGUCUCUGAAAUUUUUGGAGACGUAUGUCUUGCUUUUUACAUCAGACAAUGUUGAUUCUGCAAAUUUUCUUGAAGGAAGUAGACAGACUUUUAAUGUAUCAUGGCUAAGUGGUGGUCAUCCUAUCUUGGAUCCAGUUGCACUAACAUCGGAUGCAAACAGGACUCUUUUCAUUUUAUUGGGCAUGUUGCAAUCAGCCAGUAGUCUCCCUGUCUCUGUGACAAUUACCAUUGUCAAUUGUCUUGCUGCCAUAGCAAGGAAGAGACCCCUCCAUUAUGGCACUGUUCUAUCUGCACUGCUUGAUUUUAAUCCAAACUGUGAGACUUUAAGAGGAUGUCAUUAUGUCAGCAUUCAGUUUUCCUUGAGAACUGCAUUUUUGGGAUUCCUGAGGUGUACUUAUCCAGCAAUUGUAGAGUCAAGAGAGAGAUUGCUUAGAGCUUUAAGAGCGAUGAAUGCUGGGGAUGCUGCUGAUCAAGUCAUCAGACAGGUUGAAAAGAUGAUAAAAAAUAGUGAGCGUGCUUCACGGGAAACUCGGUCAAGCAGGGAUGAUCAAUCAUCUCGCCAACCAUAUGUUGUAGGGGAUGUGUCAAAGAAAAGAUUUAUGCCUCAGGAUAAUGAAGAACUAACAAAUGGUUUUGAGAUGGUCUCCAAGUGUAUUCACUCUGGUUCCAAUUCCCACCCAAUACCACAUGCUCAAAUAAAUGAUUCUGGGCAGGAUUUUGCUUCUGUGAAUGGACAAUCGCCUAGUUUUCCUCUUUCGGAUGGUAAUUUAACUGCUGUUGGGCAAAUGAUCUCAAUGGCUGGUGCUUUACUAGCUGAAGGAGAAAGAGAAAGAGGUGCUGAAUCUCUUGAAAUUCUUAUUUCAAAAAUUCAUUCUGAUCUGCUGGCUGAUAUUGUCAUCACAAAUAUGAGCCACUUUCCUAAAAGUCCUCCUCCAUUAACAAGCUUUGGGACUUUGCUUAUAACUAAACAAACAGAUUAUGUAAAUAGUGUGACUCAAGCUGUGCAGCCUCCUGGUCCAACAAAUUCUUUAGAUGCUCCCGUAGCACAAUUGCCCUCUACUUCAGCUGCUACAACUAGUUCAUCAAUAUCUGAUAUAUCUAUUGUCAAUAUUGCUGCUGAAACCAAACGUGACCCGAGAAGGGACCCUCGUCGCCUAGAUCCACGACAGGCUGCUGUAUCCGUUGGAGUGUCAUCUUUACCAGUUUUGGAGGACACUGGCACUGCUAUGGCUGAGUUUGAUGGCUCUAUUUCUAUCAAGCCUCUUUCAGUUCCAGUUGUUGAAAAUCUUCCUGUGCAUUUGACAUCUAACGUCCAAAGCUAUGAUAAGGUAAUUGAAGGUCCAUCAGUUUCUGCUAUUAAGCAGCCAGCUCCUGAAGGGGAUGUUCUGAGUGUUAAUGAAGACAUUGUUCCCAUUCUAGAGGUCAAUACUUCUUCCAAUUGUGCACUUUCUCCUCCUGGUAUGGUUGAUGAAAAUGCAGCUGAGAUGAAGGUAGAUGCUGAAGCGAAACAUGAGAUUGAUGCGUCAUCUUUUCCAGAGUCUGAAGAAAACUAUCUGGCUUCUACAACCAUAUCUUCUUUGGAUGAGACUGGUCGGGAUUUACCUGCUGAAUCAUACUUGCAUCUUCAUUGGUCAGAAUGUCGCCAAACACAUAUGGCAUUACUUGGUCGAUUGGUUGGUCAGAUUUAUGCUGAUGAAGAAGUUGUUGUCAUGUUGGGAAAACAAAUUGUUGUGGAUUACCAACAACAAAAGGGUCACAAGAUUGUGUUGCACAUUCUCUACCAUCUGUAUUCUUUCACAGUUUCAAAUGCAGAUGAUACCUCUUCGUAUUCUGGUGUUAUUUAUGAAAAAUUUCUCCUGGCAGUGGCCAAAUACUUGCUGGAUACUUUUCCAGCCUCAGAUAAGUCAUUCAGCAGACUUCUUGGUGAAGUUCCAUUCCUUCCUGACUCUGCCUUGAAACUAUUAGAUGAUCUCUGCUGCUUUAAUGUGUUUGAUGCUACUCGGAAAGAGACUCGUGAUGCUGAGCGUGUGAUGCAGGGCCUUGGUGUAGUGUGGAGUUUAAUUUUGGGUCGUCCAAAUAAUCGGCAAGCCUGCUUAAGUAAAGCAUUGAAGGCUGCUGUUAAUUCUCAAGAUGACAUUCGAGGUAAAGCCAUCCAGCUGGUAGCAAACAAACUUUAUCAGCUGGACUACAUAUCUGGAGAAAUUGAGCAAUUUGCAACAAAUAUGUUGCUCUCUGCUGUCGAUCGGCAUGCUGCAGGUGCAGAGUUUUUGCAUUCUGGGUCCGCUGAUGAAAGAGGUGAAAUGGAGGUGAGAAGUGGAUACACAUCCACUACUGGCAGCCAAUUUCAAGAGCCCAGAGUUUCCGGAAUUGACUCCAUGAUUGCAGAGUCGACAACUAAUAGUGCUUCAGUAGUGUCAUUUGCUGAAGCUCAAAGACUCAUUUCUCUGGUUUUUUCUUUAUGCACGAAGAAGCCUAGUCUUCUUCAAUUCUUAUUUGAUGUUUAUGGGCGAGCACCAAAAACUGUAAAGCAGGUGUUUCAUCGUCAUAUCCCUAUUGUAAUUAGAGCCUUAGGUCAGUCUUGUUCUCAGUUACUCCAAAUAAUAUCUGACCCACCACAAGGAAGUGAAAAUCUUUUGACAUUGGUGCUGCAAAUACUGACUCAAGAAACAAUUCCUUCUCCUGAUUUAGUAGCUACUGUGAAGUAUUUGUAUGAAACUAAGCUGAAGGAUGCCACCAUCCUUAUUCCAAUUUUAUCUUCUCUUUCCAAAAAUGAGGUGUUACCUAUUUUCCCUCGGCGUGUGGACCUUCCAUUGGAGAAAUUCCAGCUUGCGCUUGCUCACAUAUUACAGGGUUCAGCUCACAUUGGUCCUGCUUUGACCCCUGCCAAAGCUUUAGUUGCCAUCCAUGACAUCAUCCCUGAAAAAGGUGGCCUUCCACUCAAGAAGAUAACGGAUGCUUGCUCAGCUUGUUUCGAGCAGAGAACAGUUUUUACGCUGCAGGUCUUAGCUAAGGCCUUGAAUCAGAUGGUUGAUCAGAUCCCUCUUCCUUUACUUUUCAUGAGAACAGUUAUACAGGCAAUUGAUGCUUUUCCUACCAUGGUUGAUUUUGUCAUGGAAAUCCUAUCCAAAUUGUGAGUAAACAGGUCAGUCUGGAGAAUGCCAAAGUUGUGGGUUGGGUUCUUGAAAUGUGUGGCUCAGACACAACCACAUUCUUUUCCUGUUUUGUUACAGUUGCCGCCUCCACAACUUGAAAGUGCACUGAAUAAAUAUGGUAGUCUCAGAAGUUCUCUGGCUGCUUAUAAAAACCAACCAACUAGAAAGGGUUCACUGCCUAGAUCAACACUAGCUGUUCUUCAUCUUGCAAAUGAGUCCCAUAUGCAGCAACCGCAUGUAUCAACCUUGCAUCCUUCAGAUACUUCUUCAGCCCAGGUAGCAACUCUGGCGUGAUAACUUCUAGAUGUUGAGAUUUUAAGAAAUUGACCGGCUGCAGCACCUCGAGCACUAUGCAGAUCUGAGCAACUCCCCAUGCAAGGUUUGAUUCACUGAGGAACAUAUGACCGAACCUCUAAUAUGACCAUUGCUUGAAAUCAGUAUGAGAUAACACGACAACCAGUUGCUCAUGAAACAGCAAGGGGUCACCAUUCAAGAGGUGGUCUGUUUCUUCCCUCCAAGCUCCUUCAAAGGGUGUACCAUAGCGCCCUUUACAUUUGAGAACCAACUUACUGCUAAUUUUUCCGGCACAUCUGAACGCCAGUUAGAUUAGGUGCGCAUUAGCUUAUCAAUGGUUCCCUCGUUUUGGCGAAAGGGAAUCCUUCGAUUUUGAAGGAAAAAUCAAUGUAAACAUAUCAAAUGACUCGACCCUAAACUUUUAAUACGGUUUAAAAUUUAACCAAUUAAAGUCCGUAUCUAAAUUACACAUGAAAAAACAAAAGAAUUUGAGCAAUUAUAUGUUUGCUUCAUGUCAAGAUUUUCCGAAUGCAGCAUGGACAUCAAAUUAA